UAAGUUCACAGUCUUAAUAGUGCAGCAAUAAUAGCAGACGCUAAGUGGAUCAUUUCUAAUUGUCAAUAAAGGUAUUUAAACCAAGAGUAAAAAAAGGCAAAGAAAGUUGCAGUCUAUUAACAAGGUGCAGAGUCAAUUACCAACGAGCAGCGCCACGAAGCCGAAGAUUUAGAUCGACGUCUUCGUCGUCGUCUGCCCCGACGGCGGAGACGGAAGACGUGCCAGUGGUGACGGGCAGGUUUUUUCAACUAAGAAAUUACUACAUGAGCCUUGGCGGCUGCCGAAGCGCUUAUGCUGCAGCAAGGUAGUGGUUCGGGCCUAGUAACCCCACCAACAGUCAACACUAGCAAAAUGUUUCCUCAGCAAUAUUGCUUACGAUGGAAAUAUCAUCACAGCAACCUACAGACUAUGUUCUCACAGCUACUCGAGCGUCAGGCCUACUGCGAUGUUACUCUUGCCUGUGAGGGUAAAACCCUCAGAGCACACAAGGUCGUUUUGUCAGCAUGUAGUACAUAUUUCGAUACCAUCUUGUCACAAUACGAAGAAAAAGAUCCAAUUGUUAUUAUGCGUGACGUCAAAUUUUCUGACAUUAAAGUUCUGGUCGAGUUCAUGUAUAAGGGAGAAAUCAACAUCGAUCACACGAGACUAUCGUCGCUUUUGAAAACGGCUGAGGAUUUGCAUAUAAAAGGCCUAGCAGAAGUCAGCUGGCGUAGUGAUUCGGCACAUAACGAAAUGAGCAACAGUGGACACAGUCCAUGUUCAGGUCCUCCAGGUGUGGAGACAGUACUACGGGAAGGUAUUGAUACGGACGAGCCACCACCGCCAAAACAAAGGCGCCGUGGACGACCACCCCUUGAUGAUCCGCCUUCCGCUCAUGAUGUCUUCACACCAAAGAUCACCUGUAUCACCGGAAAUGUAGGCACUGACUGCACUCUAUCUCUUAGCAAGCAAGAGGAAAUGCUGAGUGAAGGAGACCAUGAAAGCUGGGAUGAUGAGAUGAUGCCUGAAAGUAAUGAAGCACCAAUGCCAAUUCAAAUCUCAUAUAUGUCAAAAGACGAUGGUAUUUUAGAGCAGGACAAAAAAGGAAAUACAUCGGCAAACGCAAAUGCAAUGAAUCUAGCAAUACCAGAACAGUUCCGUGAUGUAAUCAAGAUGAAUGAUUAUCUAACAACAGGCAGACGACAAGAAUUUUGGGAGGAACCAUUUACACGACGUGUUAUGGAUGCCAUAAAAAGUAAGGAGUUGGAAAUGAAAACUGCAGCUGAGAUACUAGGAGUCUCUUACGGCACUCUCUAUGGCAGAUAUCGAGACAGCUAUGGAUGUCUCAAACAUCCCUACAGAGUAAGAGAUUUUUGGUCAGAAGCAGGCCCGGCAGAAAUUCUUGCAAAGCUACGAAGAAAGGAGAUCACUCUAUUUCGUGCAGCCGAAUUUCUCAACGUCACUGUACAUACCCUGGCGACGUAUCUGUCGACACUUCAAGGCCCUGACCGUAUCUCGCUCGCAGGUGAUCUGAAUGUCGCUGCGACGGGCACCGUAAUUCCUAUAGAUACAACAAGCAACAACGAAUCAGAUAAUAAUGACAAUAUGAAUGACAUCUUGCAAAAGAUCAACGCUCACGCGAGUGGAAUGCCCACUGCUGCUGCGCCAACAACUUCCGUAACGAUAAAGCGCGAAGGCGGUGGUUAUGUUGAGCUCCCAGCGGUUGGAGUUGUCCCCAAAGCAGCAACUUCAGUACUUGAAAAUAACCCUGAUAUAACGAUCGUUAAGACGGAAAAUAUGCAACGCAAGCGCCUUGAGUUUACUAAGCUCACUGCUACAGAAAACAACAACGCCAAACUUAUGAGUGGAGGUGCUGUCAGCGAGCUCGCCCAAUCCCAACUUUCUCAUCCAGUAGCACAACAAAUACAGCAGACUCAGCAGCAUCCGAUGUCGCAGCAGCAACAGCACCAAUUGUCUACAGCACAAACAACGAUUCAGCCAACGAUUCAGCUCCUUCAUCAACAGCAACAGUAUCAACAAAAGCUUACUGAUUCACUAUCAACUAAUAAUGAUACCAGCAAGCCCUAACUAUUUCGUCCGUACUUGGC